AUGUCUCUCUGGAGUUCCUACCGCGGCCUCACGCCCAAAACCCGCGCCUUGUUCGGCAUCGGCGUCAUGGCCUGGGCAGGCAUCGGGCUGUGGACCUCACCGCAAGUCGAAACCGCGCUGGGCAUGCAGCCCUCACAAGAAGAGCAGGAUGCGCUAGACCGCAAGCUGGCGCUGCGCGUGUCGCGCGUCGGAGGAGAUAAAGAUAGCCAGUCGAAAUGA